ACUUUUUCCAACAAAAAAAAAAAAAAAAAAAACAGAGGAGACGACAGAAAGUGGAACAUGAACAAGGGUUUCGCCAGCCCUAUGGAGGACACUAUGUCCAAUUUAACUUCAGCUUCUGGUGAACCCAGUGCCUGCUCCGGCAACCAUUCCGAUCACCUUCCGGCCAACUAUUCCGGCCAGUAUUUUUCAGCCCCACCACCAAAAAAGAAGAGAAACCUCCCCGGAAAUCCAGACCCAGAUGCCGAAGUGGUAGCUUUAUCGCCGAAGACGCUGAUGGCGACGAAUCGAUUCGUAUGCGAGAUCUGCAGCAAGGGGUUUCAGAGAGAUCAGAAUCUUCAGCUCCACAAAAGAGGGCACAAUCUGCCAUGGAAAUUAAAGCAAAGAGCUAACAAAGAGGUUAUAAGGAAGAAAGUGUAUGUGUGUCCAGAAACAAACUGUGUUCAUCAUGAUCCAUUGAGGGCUCUUGGGGACUUGACAGGAAUCAAGAAGCACUUUUGUAGAAAGCAUGGCGAGAAGAAAUGGAAAUGUGAUAAGUGUUCUAAGAGGUACGCUGUUCAAUCGGAUUGGAAAGCUCAUUCCAAGACUUGUGGCACUAGAGAGUACAGAUGUGAUUGUGGAACCCUUUUCUGGAGGAGGGAUAGUUUCAUCACCCACAGAGCUUUUUGUGAUGCAUUAGCAGAGGAAAGUGCAAGAGCCAUUACUACAUCAAACCCAAAUAACAAUCAAAACCUUCCCAUUUCUUCAUCAAUCUCUCACUUAAACUUCCAAAAUCCCUUAGAUAUCAACUCAUUCUCUCUCAAAAAAGAGCACCAACAAAUCCCAACCACCAACAAUUUCAAUAUUCCCCCAUGGAUAGGCUGUCCAAGCUCAAGAUCAUCACCAUUACAAGAUCAUCAAAGCCUCAUCAUGAUCAACAAUGAUCAAAUUAUGAACCCUAAUAAUCCUCUUCAUCUAAUUCAAAGCUCUUCCCCUUCUCCACAUAUGUCAGCCACAGCACUUCUUCAAAAAGCAGCUCAAAUGGGAGCUACAAUGAGCAAUAGUAACAACAAUGGUAACAUCUCCUCCUCCUCCUCCUCCUCACGUGACAAUCAUCAUCAGAUCUUGAUGGCUGGCAGUGAAGGUGUAGGGGUUUCUCAUGCUCUGCCACUCCACACGAACAAAUCCAAUAAUUACAAUGAUUUUGAAGGGGCUUGUUUUGAAUUAGAGAGAUUUGGAGGGGGUUUUGAGAAAGAUGAGAUUUUUAGAGGCAGAAGUGAUGAAGGGCUGAGUACAAGAGAUUUCUUGGGGCUUAGAGCUAUUUCUCACACUGAGUUUUUGAAUAAUAUUGCGGCUGUUGGUUAUAGUAACUGCAUCAAUGGCGGCGCUCCUCAAACUCCUCGAACUCAAUUUCAUAACCAACCUGGCUGGCAAGGUUAGCUCAUUUGUGUUUAGAUUAUAUAUGAAAUAUAUUUUUGUUUUUGUUUUUUUUUUUUUCUACAAGGGUGAAGGACCACCGCUUGUUGAAUUAGGAAUUUUUGGAUCAUAAUAUCCUAUAUGCUUUUGUAUUUAUGUUUAUACAUAUAUAUUUCAAUGUAUAAUUCUUAGUGGA